AUGGCCUUGUUCCUGGGGGAGAAGAUUGAUGAACUCCCAGAGGGAGCGGUGAAACCUCCAGCAAACAAGUAUCCUAUCUUCUUUUUUGGCACCCAUGAAACUGGCAAGAAGUUGGUCGUGUGGCCACACCCAGCUGUUAGGGCAGCUGGAAAAAAAUCCUCUAAACAGUCCCGGAAGUCUCCGGGGGAUGACGACGACAAGGACUGCAAAGAAGAAGAAAACAAAAGCAGCUCGGAGGGUGGGGACGCCGGCAAUGACACGAGAAACACAGCUUCAGACUUGCAGAAAACCAGCGAAGGGACCUAACCACCGCGGUGGACGCUGCGUAUUCCAGAAACCGCAGGAAAGUUGCGCGCUUGGUUGUCUCCUGUGCUCAGAGUUGCUACGAACCCACACGGUCCUUGUUGUCACUGACUGAACCCAGUUUGUAUGUCCUUGAUUCACAUUCCUCUCUGUUUGUGUUUAGAGAAAGAAAGGGGGGAACAAAAGACAUUUUAGCCUUUUUUAAAGUUACUGAUAUAAUUUCUUGUUACUUGGUUGCAUGAAGCUGCCCUUCACCACUGAGGGUUAUCAAGAUGUUUGCACAGACUUACACACGUCUAGGAUCCUUUUAUCAAGGCAGUGACGUCCUGGAGCCUCCUGCCUCACUCCGCCUCCGCCGCACACUCAGUUCGAUAGAAAUUUGCAUUUCUUUAAAACGACCACUCAGACCUGAGACGUAUCUCCUCUGGGUGACAGGACCCGGGAGCCAGUUCCUAGAUACGUAAACGCUGGCAUAUUGAAGAUGAAAUGAAAAUGGCCCUUCAUCUUCAAGGCCAGGUGUAAAGGUUAACCAUAUUGUAAGAUAUCUAUUCCAUAUUAGAAAUAGCCCAUUGACAACUUCUUCUUCUCCAGACUCACGCUGUUAGGUACACAAACCCAGUUUCUGUAUGUGAGGUCAGUGCGUCUUUUUGUGUUAACCCCAAAAUAGAGGCAACACUUUCUUCCCCCCCACUGCCAAGACCAUUCGAGCGGGUCACCAGAGGUGGGAGCUUGAAGCCGGACAUCGCAGCAGCCCUAUGGGAAACCAGACAGAGCAUCGACUUUUAAAUACAGACUUUUUAAAAGAACUUGUUUUCUUUCGGGACUAGAAUUAGAAUAGCUACUCUCCAUCCACACACCAUUCUUAUGUGUACAUUCUCGUUGCUAUUGUGAUCAUAGAGAGUUUUAUUUAUUUUUAUGCCAGCCUAUAUUGUGAGGACACAUUUAGUCAGUUUGGGUUUCCUCAAUCCUGUUAUGCUUGUCUUUGAAACAUAUUUCGCGUACUCGAGGUUUGUAGUUGAAAAGUUUACUGUAAAAAAAAAAAAAAGGAGAAAAAAAAUGUAUUGUUUUUACAGAAUAAAUUUAUUGGAAUGUGUCCCGGGAGUAAGGUUUGAGGUUGUAAACCACUACGUUGGUGUAACUUGGCUUCAUAAAUGUAAUGUGAGGUAUUGAUGUGAUUCACAUAUUAAAGCGAAGUUUGUUGACAGCAAGUUGGCAAUAGAA